AUGUUUAACUUGCCUGUGCUUAGGACUGGUCUUGUUGGUAGUCUACAUUUUCGUGUGGGGCUAAUGUGUAAUGUCAGUGCAGAAAAUGGAGAGAGUCUACAAGUUCUACAUUAUGAAGUUGGGCAGAAAUAUGAGCCUCACCAUGACUAUUUCAAAGACGAGUUAAAACGUCUAAAGGGGAGGGCAACGAGUUGCUACUUCCCAUGGUGGAACGAGCUCUCACAAUGUGGUAAAGAAGGACUCUAUGUUCUUCCAUUGAAGAGAGGCGCUUUGCUCUUCUGGAGCAUGAAGCCUGAUGGGUCUCUAGAUCCUUCAAAUGGCUGUCCAGUGAUUAUAGGAAACAAGUCGUCAUCAACUAAAUGGCUUCACGUUCACGAGUACAAGAAUUGA